AUGCUGUCUAGGACCUUUUGGAAAAAUGGCGUGCAACUGCGGUCUUUGAAUCCGCUGAUGCCGUUGCAGGCUUCAAGACUGUACUCUCCAUUGCCUCGAAACGAGUACAACCAACAAUCCGGCAGAAGGAGAAGAAGAGAGGCAAUCCGAGCCGAGAGAAUUGAUGACUCUCAGUACAACUCACCAAGCUAUGCUAGUCCUUCGGUGCGCUACCAUAAUCAAGGCGGUAUCAUAUCUCCUACAGAUACCGUCUCAGCCAUACUAUCACAGCCCACGCUAGUGAUAGAGAGAAACAUCGAGUUUAUGAAUCUGUUCCUAGGAUUUGAACAGGCGAACAGAUACACUGUUUCUGACCCCAGUGGUCAGGUUUUGGGACAUUUAAUCGAGAGAGAUUUUGGAAUCGUGAAGAUGAUGAUGAGGCAGGUUUACAGACUGCAUCGGCCCUUCACUGUGGAGUUGUUCGAUACGCAGGGAAACCUGUUGCUAACGAUCAAAAGGCCAUUUAGUUUCAUCAAUUCGCAUAUCAAGGCCAUAUUGCCUUCCAUUCAGGGUGAUGAUGAAAGUGGUGGCAUUAUAGGCGAGUCCGUCCAAAGGUGGCAUCUGUGGAGAAGAAGAUACAACCUGUUUAAGAGCGAAACAGGCACCGACGAGACAUACGACCAAUUUGGUGAAAUUGACUCUGGACUGUUAGCACUUGAUUUCCCCGUUAAGGAUGAACAAGGAUACGUGCUUGGUGCAGUUUCGAGGAAUUUUGUCGGUUUCGCAAGAGAGUUCUUGACCGACACUGGAGUCUACAUAGUAAGGAUGGACCCCUCCAGUUUCUAUGGACUGGAGGACUACUAUCCUAAUGUGAGUUCUGAGUCAAUGACUUUGGAUCAACGAGCUGUUCUUCUUGGAAAUGCAGUCUCCAUUGACUUUGAUUACUUCUCUCGGCAUUCGAAUAGAGGAGGGUUGUUGUCGUUUGGAGACUACGAGUGA